CUCUCUCUCUCUCUCUCUCUCUCCUCCCUUUCCCAUCCCCCCCUCCCCUUCCGAUCUCGCACCUCGUCGCCGACGAAACCCUAACCCUAGAACGCUCCGAUCCUCAGAUCCUUACUCCGUUCAUCGUCAUCGCCCUGCGGAGAGGAUGAAUCGCCAUUGACGAGAUCGGGAGGUUCUCGCUAGGGUUUCCUUGCGAAGGUUCGGCUUCUCUUUCUUCCGUUGUUUCGCUCGAAUCGACCGAUGUUUGGAUGGAAGAAUCGGGAGGAUGUUGGAAAUUUGUGAUUAGAAAUUGGUGCGUAGGAGUGGAAUUAGGGUUUUGAAGGGGGUGUGUCUUUUGCUUGGAUUCGAGAUGUUCUAUGGGGCGAUGGUAUGGGAUCCAUGGCUCAUUGUGUCGCAGAUCGUGUGUCUACAGUGCUUGUACUAUCUCACCCUGGGGUUGUUCCUCGCGAUCCUCGUGGGGACUCGCGUGUCGCGGUUGGGCCUCGUGUACUUCUUCGAUUUCUCAACGCUCAACCCUUCCACUGUCACCGGUUGGUGCGCGAUCGUUUCGUUUCUACUCACCUCAAUUGCGGGAGCUGGAUUCUUGCUCUAUUUAGUUGAGAGAGCCAAAAAGUGCUUGGAUUUUGCAGCCACCCUUUACAUCAUCCAUCUCUUUAUAUGCAUAAUAUAUGGAGGUUGGCCGUCCUCCAUAACAUGGUGGGUUGUUAAUCUUUCCAGCUUGGCUUUGAUGUCUUUGCUUGGAGAAUGGCUCUGCAUUAGACGUGAAUUGCGAGAAAUCCCUAUAACACGACUUCGUGCAAAUGUUUGACGAAGAAGCGGCCGGAAGAGCUUAGUUCUAUUGUGAAUAUUUUUACAGCCAAAAGAUACUCCAUCACAUAUUCGUAUCAAACUGGGUCGGAUGCUUCAUGAUGCCUGAUUCAAUUACCAACUGGACUGGAUGUCGCCUUAAAAAGUAUAAAAAACUUAAAAAUUCUUGGGAGUUGCUUAUGCAGCGAAAUAUCAAUACUGUCAAUUAAUAGGGAAAAUUUUUAAUUGUUCAAAGGCAGGUUCCCGGUAGUUGCAUUAUAAUUUGGGAUCUCACAUUUGUGAUUGUAAUCUCUGUUAUCUUUGCCACUUUGUCCUCUCUUUUUCUUUUUUCUUUUUUACAGGAAAUUCUAUCAGGAAUUUUUCGAUCUGGCUCUGGAAAAAUUUGGUAUUAAUUUUGUUAAUUUGUGUGAUA